UCGCCUGCGCGCGCAUCUCCGCCAUCCUAGCUCCAAUACUGAGCCGAAGCUCAUUCGAACAUUAAAUUCGACAGAAAUGAAGCAAACUCGUGCUAAGUGACUGCCGAUUUAGGAAUUGAUAUUAGCAACUUGGGAGCAAUUCUCUAGGGAGUAAAUAAGACAAUAUGUCGCCGCCAUUAUCAGCACAUUUGCGAUGGCGCCGCGAGGUGGAAACCACGACCGAGAAAAUCACCGUGGUCGGCAACCUCACUGCUGGCAACAUGACCACGGGGACUCCAGUUGCGUCUUCAAUCAAUCCUGCUAUAACUUCAGAGGCAACAGCGACUGUAACCACCACUCAAGAAUCGAUUGGGGAAAAGACAGCCGAAAUAGCCCGAAAGAUGAACAUGGAAACAUGGCAACUAGUCGCCAUUCUUGUUGGAGUGGGUGUGGUGGUACUCGGAGUUUGCUUCUGCUGUAUCCGCCGGUGUUUCCGUAAGCGACGCUCCAAGGAUGGCAAGAAAGGGAUGAAAGGAGUCGACUUCAAGUCCGUCCAACUCUUAGGUUCAGCAUACAAAGAGAAGGUUCAGCCGGAUAUGGAGGAGCUGACGGAUAACGCUGAGGAACCAGACGACGGCGAUUCUAAGAAAGAGGAACAGAAGCUAGGAAAACUUCAGUACAAGCUGGAAUAUGACUUUAAUAGCAACAGUCUGUCGGUUACUGUUAUCCAAGCGGAGGAGCUACCGGCUUUAGACAUGGGUGGGACUUCAGACCCAUACGUAAAAGUAUAUCUUUUACCGGAUAAGAAGAAGAAAUUUGAAACCAAAGUUCAUCGAAAAACCCUCAACCCUGUUUUCAACGAAACCUUUGUUUUUAAGAACGUGCCAUACGCUGAUGCAAUGAACAAAACCCUAGUAUUCGCGAUCUUCGACUUCGAUCGGUUCUCCAAGCACGACCAGAUUGGUGAAGUGAAGGUACCCCUGUGUCAGGUCGAUCUUGCGCAAACCAUUGAAGAAUGGCGUGAACUACAGAGCGUCGAGGGCGAAGGUGGACAGGACAACAAGCUGGGUGACAUAUGUUUCUCUUUGCGUUAUGUCCCAACUGCUGGAAAACUUACCGUGGUAAUUUUGGAGGCAAAGAACUUAAAGAAAAUGGACGUCGGUGGCCUGUCAGAUCCGUACGUAAAGAUUGCACUCAUGCAAAAUGGCAAACGUCUCAAGAAGAAGAAGACGAGCAUCAAGAAAUGUACACUGAAUCCAUAUUACAACGAGUCAUUUACUUUUGAAGUACCAUUCGAACAAAUACAGAAGGUGAAUCUAGUGGUAACCGUUGUGGACUAUGACCGCAUCGGAACGUCGGAGCCAAUUGGCAAGGUGGUUCUUGGAUACAACGCGUCGGGUACUGAACUGCGUCAUUGGUCGGAUAUGCUCGCUAGUCCGAGGCGCCCCAUCGCUCAAUGGCACACUCUCAAAGAUCCCGAAGAUGGUGAGAAGAAGGAUUAAAGAGGAUUAAGCGAUCUUAGAAGUCAGAUGUUAUUAUUUCAGAAGAUCAUCGAAACGAGAAAUAGAAGAACGAGGACGAAAAACAAACGCCUUAUUCAAUAUCUUAUUGGAAUUCAUAAUAAUUCGUCUCUCAAUAUUAGUGUUCUCCUAAGAUAAAUGAAAACGGUGUAAUGUUCAUUAUAAUAUCACAAUCUAUAUUUAUUUAUUGUACACCGCCGUUAACGUCCCUUUUAUUAGAACUAUUAAAUUAAAUUUUAUUUAUAUCGAAUAUUUAUAUUUUUAUUGAGAUAAUUGAAUCGGCUGUGUACAUAUUUUUUAUUUUAUCGAAUUAUUUAUUUAAUAUUAUAUCACUGUAACGAUUGAUUUUGUAAAGAAAUAAUUUCAUAUUUUAAUUGUUAAAUAAUAAAAAUUAACUACAUAUUUCAAACACUUAUCUAUUAUAAUUGUGUCGAAGCUAUGUAAAUAAGUUGAAUCCUGUUAAAUUUAUUACAUUCUAUUUUACUACCAAGUAAGUGUUAUUGAGUCGAUACAUUUUAAGUAUUAGGUUCCUCUGAAGAAGGACAGACAUUUUAUUGUCAUAAUACAGACACACCUUAUUGCUUAUUUAUUUUCAACGUAGACGGUUUAUUCUUCCCUUCUUUGGAGGAACAAUUGGCCUAUUUAGAUGUCUUAUCCCUCGUAUUACUUUAUUCCAUGACAAUCUAAAUGUAAAGAAUAUGUCUUUUCUUACCUGUAACGUUGUAGAAAUAAAUUAUCGUCUGCCAUAGCUUUUCCUUCCAAUUAUAAAUUUGAAGUGCAAUCAUGGAUGCACUGAAUACUUUAAUUUAAUGUGACUUUCCCAUACCAAUUAGGUAUAUCUCGAGACUAGUUUUCUCUGUUUAAAUGUUUAACUUAGUGUAGAAAAAUAUUUAUGAAAAAUAAUACCUAAGUAAUUAUUGUAAUAUACACAAUAGUAAUAAUGAGCUAUAUAACACGAUAUUCGUAGAGUUUGUAUAUCUUGUUGCAUACGAUUACUCCAACGUUUUUCAAACAAAAAAAUCUAUGAUUCAACUUAUGAAACUAGAACAUAGUAUCCUGAAUAAGAAAUUAAUUAUAAAUAAUAAUUAUAUUUUUUCUUAAAUAUAAAAAAAUCUAUUUAACCUGGAUACAUAACCUGUCAUUGUGUAUAAGCUUUCUGCUAUAUACUUAAUGGUUAUUCUCAAUACUUUUAUUUGAAUAUAAAACUAAAUUUAUAUAACUAGAAAAUAAUGGAUCCUCUCAUUUCGGUGUGAAAUAUAUACUUCUAUACCUACUUAGCUAAAGCUUGACUGUUGUUGAUCUCAAACGUGUAUGUUAUGAUGUAUAUAAUGUAAUCACAUGUUAAAUUUCACGAUCACAUCUAGGAGUAGGAAAUAUGAAGUGGGGCUUCAAGUAUAUAAAACUGCACCAACACAAAACAUGUAGACUUGUGAUUUAAAUACUGUAUUUAUCAAUAAAUAUAGUAAUGUUAAUGUACUUAUAGAUUGUACUUAUUAUAGCACUUUGCAACAGAUUCAUUGCAAGCCACUCCUAUUACUUAUUUGCCUGUUAUUUUAUCAGCAAAGCUUAAUUAAUUGGAUGAAAUACUAUGCUGCUUUGCAUCUGUUGAAGCCUUUAAUCAUAAAAAUAACUCAAAUGUUGCUCGACAUAACUGUUCGAACAAGCAGUAAAAUAUUGACAAUAUAGAAAAAAUAUUGAGGCGAUAGUUAUAUUAAUAUUAUUAUUUUAAUAGAAAAAUUCUGGAUGAAUAUUAAGUUUCUCUGAUGAGAAAAAUUAUUUGUAUUCUAACUGAGAUAAAUUUAUAUUCUAUUAUGAAAUUUGUGACAAGUGACAAAAUCAUACAAAAUUAUAUUUAAUAAAAAAUACAAAUGAAGAUAUAUUCUUCUAUCUCAACAAAAAAAAAUUGCAUGUGACAUUUUCUUUGCCUUCGAGGACAUUAAAAAAAAAACAGUUAUUAAAGUAUUUUGACAAAAAUGUUGUAUUUGUGAUAAUCAGUAUUUUUAUCUUAACAAAAUUAAAUAUAAAGUGAUUAUCAACCAGAAAAAGUGAUGAUUUCUCAUAUAACUGAAUUCAUAAUGUCAAGAAUCAUAUGUACAUAAUGAUAAAAUCAUGAAACUCAUCAACAAAACUAUCAUAUCACUCGCCAGUUAAAUAAAACAAAUGUCUUAUAAUAUUGUUAUGAUUUAUUUAAAGUUAGACAUCUUUUAGUAUACUGUUAUUAUUUAAUCUAGUUUAAAAUGAUAAUGUACUGUGAAUUAUAAAAAAAUCUAUAAUACAAAAAUACAUAGAU